UUAUUUCAUAAUUUUCGUAAAAUACUAAAAGUCGCGAAAAGCAUGAGGAUACCAUCUUUCAAGUUCAGAAACUCAAUUUUGGGUGUGACUGCAACUGCAGUUGGAUAUUAUGCAAUUCUUACACCGCAUACUGUAUUCCUAAAUCGAUACAAAUCCAUAAUGGCCAGAUAUCAAUCAUACAUUGAAGUGCCACUGAGCCCGUAUAUUCACAGGACGAUUCAGCAAGUGAUGGACGACCUAAAAUUGCCACAAAACAUUCAAAAAGUAAUUAAGCCUUUCAGUGUGCAUGGUUUAGAUGUAUUUCAGAUGGGCACACUUAAUGCCAAGUAUGGAGCAAGGCUGGGGAUUCCUGUAAACUUUUGCAGUACAACAGAGGAGCUACAUGAUAAAUUACAGAUUAAGGACGAGCCAAUAAACUGGUCACAGGAAGAAGCAAAGGCUUUGCUCAACUCACUAAUACUCUCGGAAGGUGCAAAAAAGUUUGCCAUAGCCAGGGAGGUCUUACGAAUUCAGGCGGAGGAGCCGUGCUUCAAUUCUUUCGGAUUAGCUGUGAUCAUAGCGGUAUUAUGGAUAUUGUACAACACAAUAACACUUCGAUUUCAGUUGCGUGACCGCAAUGUCACGCUGUGUCGCUCGUUGUAUCUGAGUUUCACAUUGCUCGGCGCAAUUAUAUGGAUUGGUAUCAAAGAUUACCAUAGUUACAGUUUGGAUAGUGAACAUGACAGAACCUUGUGUGCUUUGGGGGCUGAAUAUGUGAAGGGUGGGCAAGAGUUCUAUGAGAAAAUGUUGAUGAGAAACAAAGCUCUAUGGUAUUUGUUAGAGGAAGACGGCAAGAAAGGAUUUACCUCUAACGGGAACGAAAGGACUUUUUUACGACAGAAACAUAUACCAAUCACUUAUAGAAGAGAUUUCUUCAAUUCGCAAUUGAAUUGAGAUAGUGCAUGAUAUAUGAUGAUAGCAAGAUAAGCACAUGAUAAUAAUAGCAAGUAUGAGAUAAGUGGAGUUUUUUCUCUCACUAUCCAAUUAUAACUCGAAAUCUGAAUUAUUGCUAACUGCAACUAUGAUGAUCAUUACAAUUUUAAUCACAUUGUAGAUUUGUAUGAUACAUAUGUGUGCAUCUUUUUCACUUUGUCGAUAAUGAUGACGCGAUGAUAAAAUAUGUCAUUGUUGGCAAAAUCCGUUGGUCAUUUAUUUCUAUAUUCAUGAUAAAUAUGCAUCAUUAAUUACAAGUUGUAUUUAUAUUUGUGCAUAUCAUCAUUUUUUGUACAAUAUUGCUCUUAAUUAUACAAAGUACCAUCAUAAAAACGUACAAUAACUUCUGACGCGCCACUUCUUUGCACAUGUUAAAUCAUAGAUGAGAGCAUAUCUCUUGU